GGACACCGUCCUUCCUGUUGUGGGUGUGGACACCAGUAAUGGAGGAGCAGCGUCAGUAAAUCGGCUUCUUCUAAGUUAGUAAAGCAGUUUAAAGUGUGCUGAGCGGUGUCGCCGUGUAGCUGGGAUGCUGUGUCAGGAUGGGAAACCUGUUUGGAAAAAAGAAACAGAGCCGAGUGACGGAACAAGACAAAGCUAUUCUGCAACUGAAGCAGCAGAGAGAUAAACUGCGGCAGUAUCAGAAGAGGAUCAACCUGCAGCUGGAGAAGGAGAGACUUUUGGCCAAACAGCUGCUGAAAAAUGGCAAAAAAGAGAAAGCGCUCCUCCUGCUGAAAAAGAAACGCUACCAGGAUCAACUUCUGGACAAGACGGAGAACCAGAUUGGUAACCUGGAGCGGAUGGUUCAGGACCUGGAGUUCGCCCAGAUUGAGGCAAAGGUCAUUCAAGGGUUGAAAGUUGGAAAUGAGUGUCUGAAAAAAAUGCACGAGGUGAUGUCUAUUGAAGAAGUAGAACGGAUUAUGGAUGAAACUCAAGACGCCAUCGAGUACCAGAGGCAAAUAGACGAGAUGCUGGCGGGCUCUUUAUCACAGGAAGAUGAAGAUGCUGUCCUGGCUGAGCUGGAGGCCAUAACUCAGGGAGACGUCGAGCUUCCUGACGUUCCUGCAGACGAGCUUCCAGAAGUCCCAGAGGCCACAGAGAAGAAAGCAGAGAGGGAUCGUCCCAGGAAGAAGCCGGAGCGGGAGAUGCUCGCUGCAUAGGAGCAAGACUGACCUCCAUCAGCUGACCUGCUGGAACUUCACCACACUCCAGUCCAACAUUAACCUGCAACCACACAAACAUCUGCUGGAGGACUCUCUCUCCUGCAGACGCCUGCGGUGAAGUGACCGCAGCCUCCGUCAGAUCCUCCACGCUGUCCGGCCACCGUCUGUCCCUGAAGGCAGUAGCGGCUGGGACUGGUUUAGUGGAGGGACGCUGAUGGGAACCAUGAAGACCUGUGAGAUCAGAUAACUGUGCCUAACCCACCACCAAAUCAUUUUACUCACACUGACUUCACUUUAAUGCAUGUAUGUGUUACUCACUGAUCAUCUGUCAGAGUCCAUCCUGCUGCCGAUGGACGUGUCAUUUAAAGUCUGUAAAGGGUCGAUUCACCCAAAUAUUAAUCCUCUCGCAUUGAUUUUAUCUGGUCAUGUUUUGGUUUUAUUUGUCCAGGUUUUUUUCCUCCUGAGGUGAGUGGAACUUCAUUUGUGACGCUCGAGGAAUUAAAACAUUUUAAAGAAAACUCUGCAGCGACGUCUCUGUCCAGAAAACAAAUGACACAGUUUCUCCGCAGACGGAGCUGUCAGCAGAUUUUAUUGGUCGGUCCCUCCAGGAUUUCACAACAAAUUCAGCCAAUCCCUGUGAACUCUGUGACAUCACAUUUUUUUUAAUCACAACUUUAGUGCAAAUUUGACUUUUUAAAACAGAUCAUGCACAGUCUGGCACCACAGAGCCGCUACGAAGUCCCAUCUUUACACUGUGUUUACAUAUUUACACAGAACCAGAGGAUGUCAGUAUCAUGUCGCUGCAGUGUGUGAUUACAGACAGCAUGAUGACAUCACAGAAUCAGAAGAGACGUGACACGUAACAGCAUCGUCCUCUAGUGUGACAUGUAACAUUCGUGUCAGUGGCUUUUUAUAAACAACAACAAUGACAUCACAUGUAAAAAACAAACAUUUAGCGUCCCUGUUAAAUGGCGGCUGAUCUCGGAGGGUGAGGAGCUCCUGGACCUCACUGUUUUCACUGUUUGUGGACAUUUUCUGUUCUUCUUCUUUGAGUUAUCUGCUAACUGCUAUUUUUUAAAUCUCCCACGGUGGGUUUGCACACAUUACAUGCCCAUGAUCCCGUCCUGCUAGCUUCGGUGCUGUUAGUACCUCUGCUCCCGGCAGAGACAACUCUGUCCCCUCAUUCAGUGAUCGUACCUUUUAUACACAACGUUGAGGCUGAAUAAUGACGUGAUUUUCCCACCUUGAACAGGCAGUGUAAAAGGGUCUUAUGACAGGUCUAACUGUUAGCAUCACACAGCUAACAUAACCCAGCGGUUAAAAAGAGAUUUAAUGACAGAUUCAAGACAAUUCGGUGUCGGUGAGAUUAACAGCAACAAUCCAAAAACUUUCACAGAAUCCUGGAGGGACUGUGACGGCCCCGAGAUGUCCUCUGAGCCGGGUAGCUACAGGACAGAUUGGGGCCACUGUCUACCAAAGAAAUAAUCAGAGAAAAACAUCUGUAAAUCACACGCUGAGAAAAAAUCCAAAUAGAGAGAAAUUUCUGUUUCAUAUUUUUUGGCCUAGUGGUGGCGCCCCCUGUCUUUACACUCAUUCAUCACAGUACUGUCAGUUAUCAGUGUGUGUGGACAAAGGUCUGUACUCAGAUUACUUUAUUUCUUGCUUUUAAUAAAAACAAAACCUGACAUUAUUUUUUACUGCAACAAGACCUGACUGAAUGAGAUUCCACAGGGCUGGGCAGGAUAUGAGUAUUAUAUGGAUAAUAUGGUGAGUGUUUCUGGUUUUAAAGGCUGCUUUACAGUAAAGUGUUUUCUGUUGUAGCUGUUCUAUGAUUUUUCUUUAUCUACUGAGUCAUUAUAUCCAUGAUGAUGAUCAGAAAUCUCUGUGUAAGUAUUUUGUCACAGCACCAGCUGUCGUAACAGUGUUGAUAUCGAGGUGUUUGGUCAGACUGUUUGAUUUCCUUCAGAUCCCUCAGCCUUAACUUUUCAGUCGGACUUUAAAAUCUGGGCAAAGACAAAAAAAAUCUAUCAUCAUCAGCAGCAGCAGCAGGACAGAGUGAUGAAUACAUGACCACGCGUCAGUCAUUAUUCAGUCCCUGCAGGUUUCGCAGGCUCUUUUUGAGAUUGUUAUCGUCUCAUUUCACUGCAGCUUUUCUAAAAAUCUGCGAUUCAUGUUUCCAUGUUUUAAGGUUUUUAUUGUAAUUAGGGUCACAACAGUGUGAGAUUUUCACGGGACGAUAACCGAGUCAGAAAAUAUCACAGAAUUGAUCUUAUCAUCAGUCAGAAUGAGCCUUAAAGGAACGAAAACAGACGGUUAUUGUUGGUUGAACAAAUGUUUUAUUACUAGAACUGAAACAGUUUGUUUGAAAAGUCUCCCCUUAGAAAAUUACUAAAAUAAAUAACUCAAAUAAAGGGGAGAUACUCUU